AUGUUCACAACUGCUUAUCGAAAUAAUCAUUCUUCGACAUCAUUUCCAAAACGAAAUAUCCGUACAUCAACAACAGUAAAUGCAAUGACAAACGAACAGUCAAGAUUUCCAUUACGAGCAAAUCAUCUUCGUGUUCCAAUACCACCUAUAGGUGAACCAUUAUCAAUAAAUUCAACUAAUAUGAAACAUUCUGCAUCGUCACAAUGUUUAACAUCACCACGUCAUCAUUUUAAUACAAAUGAAAGUGUAUCAGUAAAAUCUUCAAAAAAGAUAUAUACAUUUAGUAAUCUACCAUGUGAACUUCCACGCUAUAGAAGAUCAUCACAUAGUAGCGUAUUACAGCAACGUGUAUCAUCAGCACCUGAUGAAAAUUCUCCACGUUCAAGAUUAAAUCAACCAAAAUCAUCAUCAGCAAAUGAAUCAUUAACACCACGUUUAUAUGUUGAUGGAAUUAAUCCUUCUAAACGAAUAAUAGAUUCAAGAAAUCAUAUUUUAAAAUAUGAUGAACAACAAAAACAUUCUUUAAAUGCUCUUAUAAAAGAACAAGAAAAAUCCAACGUUCCUAAAGCGGUACAAAAACGACGAAUUGUUUUACUUUUUCCUCGUUCACCAAAAAAUUCAGAACAUUUUAAUUCACCAAAAAAUUCAGAACAUCGUAAUUCACCAAAAAAUCCAGAACAUUGUAAUCCACCAAAAGUUGAUAAUGAUCAAAAUAGAAAUUUUCCAUCAUCAUCAUCAUUAAUAAUUCCAAAUACUAUUCCAGUUUCUGAACCAUCCGAUUCAUCGGUUAAUAUUAGUCCAGAGAUGGCUGAUUCAUUACAAUUAGCUGCAAUUCUUGCUGAAAUGCAAUUAGAUUCACAAUCGACUUCAAAUGAAUCAUCAUCAUCAUCAUUACCAAAAAAUUCACAUAUAACAUUAGAUGCAAGUAAAUAUGAUUAUGUUGCUGCCAAUGCAUUAGAUACAGCAACAUUUAAAUUAUCACCACGUACAUUAAAACCUGAUGAAGAAUUUGCCGCAAAAAAACGUUUUGCUCAAUAUCAUCAAAAUGAAAUGCGUGAAAGUUCUAAUGCUAAAAUGCCAUCUUUAAUAGCAUCGAUUGUUACCGAUAAUAAUAAUACAAUAGGAAAUGGUAUCGAUAUUGGACAAACUUUUACAUUUAAAUUCAAUACAACAACUGAUACAAUUAAAAAACAAAGUUCUAUUGAUGCUGAUGAUGAUGCAUUUGAAUCAACAACGGAUAGUGAACUACUUCGACUUUGUUAUGAUGCAACGCUUAAACUUCUCUAUGAUCCAAAUACGGGAAAAUAUUAUGAUUUGUCAUCGGCAUAA